AUGAAGACAACUGAGGAAGCUCAGAACCUCAUAGACACUGUGACAAACAACCAAUACUUCUAUGGUCAUCAAAGGCAAAGCCAACCAGCUCAAAGGAAGGGUGUAUUGGAGCUGGAAGGUGUGGAUACCAUUUUAGCUCAAAACAAAGUGAUGCAUCAACAGAUCCAGCAGCAAAUGGAGAUGAUGGCCAAGAGGAUUGAUGGUCUUCAAAGGCCAGCUGAGAAUGAUAUUGGCAGCAAGAAGCAAGUAGAGGAAGAAGUGACACUUAAGAAGAAGAAUCAAGAGGGGCUUAAAGAGAAACAGGAACAGCCACAAUCUUCAAAGAAGGGCAAGCAAAGUAUAGAAAAACCUCCACAAGCUUCUAAGAAGGAGGAGAAGCCAUACACUCCUUCCAUUCCAUAUCCUCAAAGGUUCAACAAAGAGCUUAAAGACCAACAGUUCCCCAAGUUUCUAGAAGUUUUUAAGAAGCUGGAGAUCAACAUUCCACUUGCUAAAGCUCUAGAACAAAUGCCCUUGUAUGCAAAGUUCUUAAAGGAACUUAUCAACAAGAAGAGGAGCUGGAAUGAAAAAGAGAUAGUGAUCUUGACACAAGAAUAUAGUUCAGUAAUCCAAGAAGGCAUCCCACCAAAACUCAAAGAUCCUGGGAGCUUUUUCUUGCCUUGUACCAUUGGUAACAUAAUCAUUGACAAGGCACUGUGUGAUCUAGGAUCCAGUAUUAACUUGAUGCCUUUGUCUAUGAUGAGAAGGCUAUUUAUAGAAGAAGUAAAGCCCACACAGAUGUCAUUGGAACUAGUGGAUAGAUCUCUGAUAUUUCCCAAAGGGGUUAUUGAAAAUCUCUUGGUCAGAGUAGGGAAAUUCAUAUUUCCAGCAGAUUUUGUAAUCCUGGACUUAGGAGAAGAGGGGAAUGACUCUAUGAUAUUGGGAAGACCUUUUCUGGCCACAGCAAGGGACAUCAUUGAUGUGGAAUAA